AACCCUAAAUGUCUGUAUGAGCAAGUAAGAGCCAGUAAGAGCCAGUAAGUAUCUUCCCUGCUGCCUACCACCCAGUGCAUAUUUAACACAUCCGUCACCCACUUUGACAUGAUGCCGAGCCCACGGAACCUUUGACAGCAACAGCAACAGCAGCAAUGGAUUUCGAACGGCUCGCCAUCAGCGAGCGCAAGAUCAUCGUCGGCAUCGACUUCUGGACUAACUACUCCGGUGUCGCCUGGGCCGAAACACACCGCCCGGACCGCCGAAUGGCCAUCACCUCAUGGCCCAUCUCAAAUACAAUGCGAGAGGGCGAGUCAUCCGACAAGGUCCCGACCAAGAUCCGUUACAAUGGAGCCAAUGUUGAAUGGGGCUCCUCCAUCCCAGCGAAUGCGCCAGCCUCCGAGAUCAUCGAGUGGUUCAAGCUCGACCUAGAGUAUUCGCUCCAGACCAUGGGAAAUACCGUCUCGCUGACUGCCACUCGCCAUGGUCGUGAUGUCGACAAGCUGGUCACGGAUUACAUAUCGGCCCUUGGCGACCAUCUCAUGUACACACUUCGAGAAAAACUCGGCGACGGUGUGGUGAAGAGCACUCCCUUGGAAUUCAUCGUGACCGUCCCGGCCAUUUGGAGCGAUCUCGCCAAGGACAGGACCAAGCAAGCAUGCCAACGGGCGCCCGGCCUUUCCGCUACCACAGCUCCCAUCCAUCUAAUUUCCGAGCCAGAAGCAGCCGCGAUGUAUGCCCUCCAUGGCCUCGAUCCCCACGGCCUCAAAGUUGGCGAUAGUUUCACCGUCUGUGAUGCAGGUGGGGGUACUGUCGAUCUCGUCUCUUACACCAUCACAAAGUUGAAGCCCGUUUUGGAAGUCAAGGAAGCCACGCCCGGAACCGGCGGGCUGUGCGGGUCUACAUUUCUCAACCUGAGAUUUGCAACGUUUCUCAAAGCGAAACUAGGCAAGGAGCCCCGAUUCGACAAUGAGGUCAUGGCCGAGGCCAUGGAGCGGUUCGACAAGACGGUCAAGCGGCAGUUCACGAUGAGCGCCGCGGCGGACAACAAAACCCUCGGCAUCAGUAGGGGCCGGUACCAGCUCAAAUCAGGAGAUCUUCUAACCAUCUUUGAGCCCGUCGUCCAGGAGGUGCAUCAGGCUAGUCCAGGACCAGAUCUCCUCUAGCACGGUGCCCAUACGCGCGGUCCUCCGGGCAAGAGGGUCUGGUGUGGACAGCGAGGGUGCUGGGAAGUGUCUGUCAUAGAGUGGUUUAUCAAUAAGGGUGACGACGUCUCCGAGAACGAGCC